ACAACCAAAACAGUUUGUAACUUGUCUAUUUAAUACGCUGGGGCGAGUCCGGGAUUGGUACUGGUCGGGGCUGGAACCUGGAGCUCUGUGAAGGACAGUCAGGAUUAGCAAGGGAAGAUGAGGAGUUGUGCAGAUCAUUGACUGUGUGGAGGAAAAGGAGAGGGCUUACGGUGCUGGUCAGAGAGAAAGGCUGUGAGGUACGGUCGUCGAUGCAGAGGUUUGUUCUGGGAAGGUUUACUCCGGGGGCCCAAGUCGGUAAGUCCGUGGGCAGCGUCGGAGAGCGAGCGGGCUGGCGAGCACAACUUGUCCGAGAAGGGGAGUCCGUGGGAAGCGAUCAGGGCGUCGGGCACAGGCAGGAGCUUCAGAGUGAACUGCAGGGCUUGGUUUGUUCGGUUGGUUAUGUUCUUUGAAGAAUGAAGAUGGUCUCCAGAAUGCAGACAGCUUACAGGACCUGGGGUUUGCAGCAGAGGUAAACUUAGGACAGACUGAACAGAGCUUAACUGGUCACUAGACAGGUUUCUCAAAACGAAUGACGUGGAGGCUUGAGGUUACCUCUCAUGUGGGAUCAUCAGGGGAUGAAUGCAUGUCCUGCAGCUCCUUAUAAGCGCCUCCGUCUGGAUUUCUCCCAGAUGUGCUGCAUUAAGCACAUCACCGCUCAUAAGUGACUCUACUCAUGACAGACAGACUCAGACAAACACAUAACAAAUCCCACAAUGUGACACUGAGCACCAGGUUCAGCCUCCAACGGUCAGGAGACAUUAAAGAGCUCAGUUUCAUCUGCCAAAAUAAUUAUAAAAAAAAAAAAGAAUAGUUUCAUGAUUUCAUUGGUUUUCAGAUCUUUUGGAGCCAAAAUCAAUUUUGACCAAUACAUCUGAUUCAGUCCUAAAUGUGUCAAUUCCCUCUAGGCACAGUUUGGGUCAUCAGGUCCUCCUCCAUUCCCCUGGAGAAAAGGUCCAUGUUGCUCUCUGAUCCAUCAGCUGAUCGACUGAUUGAUGUUCUGAUGGGAUGGAAAGCUCCUCAGGCGGAUGGACUCCUGCUGUGUGGACGUUUUGAUGGAGAAGCUGCAGAAAUCCCACCAUCUGCCAACUCUUUCAAAACAUCUGUCCAAACCAGUCCCUCUAACCAGAGUCCAACCCUGGGUCGAGUUUUACAAGUCCCAUCCUUUCCUGUGAUUCUUGGGAAUUCUGCUAAAUAUAAAUAAGUAUUGAUAUUUUAUCAGUCAAUCUUAUGGAUCCCAUAAGAUCCAGAGCCAGGUCAUCUCAGUGUCUCUCUGCUUCUGUCAGGUCCAGACCUGCAGACCUUCAUAUCAGAGAUCUGUUUUAACUCUCAAAGGUUCCUCCUGUGGGUCUAAUGGGUCUGGUACCAACAGCUGAGAAGCUGUUAAAUCUAAACUUGUUCAAUGGAAGAACGAAGCAGGGUUCAGGACAUUUGGUUAGUUUGUUUCAGAGUAUGUGACCUCUUUGUCAGCAGCGCCAGGGGUUCUAACAUCAUUAGUGCCAAAGUAACCCUCGUUAAAGGGAAAUAAUUAGGUUACCUCGGCUCCAGAUGUUAAUUUAGCCUCUGAGCGUUAUUGGAUCGCUCCAUGGUCCACUCAAAUAUCCCCUGUCAUCAAUCGAUCAGUCUGACAUAAAGAGCUGCAGCACGGUGACGGCUGACAGAUCAGAGGAAAGAUCCACGCUGAAUCCUGCAGAUAUCCAGCCACAGAGAACCGAGGGACACUGAACUGGCAUCCCACAGGGCUCCAGACAGCCUCCAUCAACAGCCUCGACACCAAGCUGCCAGAAACAUCAUCCAGACAAAAUCAUCCAGAUAUCAAACCAGAACCCAACCUGGAAUCACACCAACAUCCAGCAGGAGUUCAGACAGCAUCCAGUCAGGAUCCUACAAAGUGUUUCAGAAUCUGUCAUAUAUCCAACUAAAUUGGCGUACAGAAAUCCAGUCAACCUCUGACCAACAGACCCGUCAGUACCCAUCCGCCCAGUGAGAAGUUGCCUCCACAGGAGUGGGAUGGCAUCUGACUGCCCCCUGGCGAAAAACUGCUCAGGUCACCAGAAACGUAUUGGGAUGCUGAAUGUUUUCCACCUCCCUGGUCCCAUCCCAACUCACAGCGUUCUUCUGCAGCCUCGCCUGUUCCCAACCGUGGACGUUCCUGUGCAUGCCCAUUACAUCAUCGGUUCUGUGAUACUGUUGGUGGGAGUGACAGGAAUGCUGGGAAAUGCUCUGGUCAUCUACGUGUUCUGUCGCAGUGAGACGCUGCAGUCACCCAGCAACCUCCUGGUGGUCAACCUGGCGGUGGCCGACUUCCUGAUGUCAGUGACGCAAUCUCCGGUCUUCUUUGUGGCCAGCCUGCAUCGCCGCUGGGUGUUCGGGGAGUUUGCCUGCGAGCUGUACGCCUUCUGCGGUGCUCUGUUCGGCAUCUCCUCCAUGAUGACACUCACAGCCAUCUCACUGGACCGCUGCCUGGCCAUCACGCGGCCGCUAGCUUUGCUGGGCGGAGUCAGUCGGCAGAGGCUCUGUCUGGUGAUUGUGGGGGUGUGGGUGUACUCGCUGGGCUGGAGUCUGCCACCGUUCUUUGGGUGGAGUGCCUACAUCCCUGAGGGACUGCAGACAUCCUGCAGCUGGGACUAUAUGAGCUUCACAGUCACGGUGCGCACCUACACUCUCCUGCUUUUUGUCUUUGUCUUCUUCAUCCCCCUCGCUGUCAUCGCCAUCUGCUACUUGUCCAUCUUCAGGGCGGUGCGGCAGGCGGCUCAGGAAGUGGAGAAGCUAAACUGUGGAGAGACCAACAAGGCGUAUGAGCGCCUGCGCAGCGAGUGGCGGAUGGCCAGAGUGGCUCUGGGAGUGAUUCUGCUCUUCAUCGUGUCUUGGUCCCCUUACGCUGCCGUUGCUUUGACUGCCACCGCUGGCUAUGCCCACCUGCUCACUCCUUACAUGAACUCGGUACCUGCAAUCAUCGCCAAGGCCUCUGCCAUCCACAACCCCAUCAUCUAUGCCAUCACACACCCAAAGUACCGUGCUGCUAUUGGCCGCCACUUCCCGCUCCUGCGUGCUGUGCUUCGACUGCAGGACAAGGACCUUCACACCUCUCUCAGCUCCAGCAGUGCCUCAUCUCGCCGCGCCACGCUAAGCAGCUCGCCAGGGGUCCGGUUGGGUUCUGGUGUCCAGGUCAACGGACGGUGGAGUAAGAGCCGGUUGUCCUCAGCUUCCGACAGCGACUCCUGCUGGACAGAGAGCGAAGCUGAUGGCUCCAGUGCUGGAUCAACAGCCAUCAACCGGCGGCUGUCCUCUGAGGUGACCGUGGAGCAGUCUGACCCCGCCCGCAGGAACCUGCUGACUGGGUCGACCAGACUGACAGAAAGCGACUCACCUGAAGGGGGUGCUACAACGGAGGCGAAACCUCUGCUGGUUCCUCUAUGAUGGCACUACCCUUUAAAGCCUUUUUUUAAUUUUUAAUUUUUUUUAAUUAAUUUCCAUAACCAUAACAUAUAAAACAUUUGUCUACCAGGGGUAUAACAGCUGAGUACAGAAUCAAAUGAUCAAGCACAGAAAAGAAAGUAAACUGAUCAGUGUAUAGGUUACUUACAGAAAUUCACAUUAGGUUUAUCUAGAAUCGAGAAGUACUUCAAUUGUGGUGUAGUAUGAAUGGAGCUCCUUGUUGAAGUGGUAUAUGUUUGGUUUGGAGUUUGUCAGUUUCUUCUUGUGAAUGAGGAAUUUUCCUGUAGAAGUUGCGUGAAGUAGAUCAAAUCUUGAUCCAUGUCCUUAUCAUCAAAACAUAGUAUAAUGUAUUUUUCUGUACGUUGAAUUGUUUGUCCAGUUUUCAGUUGUUGUACCUCUACCCAGAACGUCAUUGCAUGAGUACAUUGAUAAAAUAAAUGAGAAAUUGUCUCCAUAUGUUGUUCACAGAAUGUACAAGAGUAGUCAAUAUUAAGUUUAAAUUUUUCCAGUGAAUAUAUAUUAUGAAUUCUAUAUGUAACCUCCUUAACUUUAUUAGUUAUGCAACAUUUCUCUCCAUUUAACCAAAUUUGCUUCCAGUUAAUUUCCCCAAAUACAGAAGACCAAAAAAAUCUACCAAGAGGUAAAGUAACCUUCUGUAAACAUGUUCUUAUUGGUUUGUUGGAUCAAACCUUUUUACUGACCUCUACGUUACCAAGCCAUUAUAAGGUUUCUAAGUUUAUCUCCAGCUAAAACAACAGGUUUGGUUCCUUUAAAUAGCUGUUUCAAAGUGUUGGGUAGCGCAUCAAAAACUACAGCGUACUCUUUAGCUGUUGUGGGUAUAUUAAAUCUGGUCAGAAAUUCAGUGUAUGACAAAAACGUUCCAUUAUCAUUUAAGAGUUGUUGGACAAGCGCAAUUCCAUUACCCAUCCAGUUUUUAUAGUAAAGUGACUUGUUCUUAUACAAAAUAUUCCCAUUGUUCCAAAUGUAAUAAGUAGUUGGUGAGAAGUUAUGCUUGUAAGCGAGUUUCCAAGCAAGGAGAGCUUGUUGGUGAAACCUGGAUAACUUAACAGGUAACUUUUCAGUUUUAUAAUCACAUUUUCAUAAGAAUUGGAGUCCACCCUCCUGAUUAAAAAUAUAGUUGGGGAAAAUAUUCCAAAACCAUAUCAAUCCCUUUUAAGUAGGUUGGUUAACCAUUUAAUUUUAAAGGAAUUAUUUUGCAUUUCAAAUUUCUGAACAUCUAAUCCACCAAAAAAUUUGUCAUUGCAAAGAAUAUCUCUUUUUAAGUAAUGACAUUUAUGUUUCCAUAUAAAGUCAAAUAGAAUUUUAUCUAACUUUUUGCACACUUCCCAUGGCAUUUCUAAUGAUAAGGAUGUAUAUACAGAUCUGGAGAUUCCCUCAGCUUUGGACAGUAGUAUUCUACCAUUUAAUGACAGGUCUCUCAUCAGCCACAUGUUCAAUUUAGUUAUUUGUUCUAUAAUGGGGUCAAAAUUUGAAGUGCUACGUAAAUCUUCUUUUUCUUCAAUAAUCACUCCUAAGUUAGUACAUUUUUGAUGCCAUUAACUUCAGUCAGAAUGGAAUCUUUAAGUGGGAAUAAAACAGACUUCUUAAUGUUCAUUUUUAAGCCGGACACUGCGGAGAAUUUUUGGAUACAAUCAAUAGCAUUACUCAACUCAUGUACAUUAGAAAUAAAUAUAGUUGUAUCAUCAGCCAGCUGUGAUUAUUUGAAGUGUCUGUCACAGUGGCGCUGGAAUAGGGGGGGGGCAGGGGGCCAUUGGCCCCUCACUUUAUGGCCCUGGCAGGCCGUGAUCUGGUCCCAACAAAAAUUUACGUGGGCUUGACCCGAUUGCGCUGAGAGGCUGUGACGGAUCUCUCGCUGUCUAGAGACAGAGUCACAAACAAACGUUUGUGUCUCUUGAAACCUGACAGCGUCCGCAGAAACACGCGCAGCGUGAUUAUAAAUACAUCCGCAACGAAAUGAGAAACGCAAAAAACACACCUGUCCAGUUGCCAACAUUUUAUUGUAUCCAAGAUUAUAAUAAAAAUAAAGUUUGUUAUUA